AUGCAAUGUCGAUCAAUUGUGCAUCGUCUGUACUCUAAGGUCUCCCACGUAACGACGCCAAUUUUCUAUCCCAAUGCCAAACCGCACCUCGGCCAUCUUUACUCCAGCUUAUUAAGUGACGUUUACCAUCGAUGGCAAUUAUUUAAAGGUAAUCUAUCCUUCUUUACCACAGGUACUGAUGAACAUGGAUUGAAAAUCCAGUGUGCUAGUGAAAGCAAUGGCUUCGAUCAGCCAAAAAAGUUCGUCGAUAAGCUAUACCCAGAGUUUGUUCAAUUAGACAAAAUAUAUGGCAUUAAUUAUACAAGAUUUAUAAGGACUACGGAUCCUGACCACAUUGAAAACGUGAUGAAAUUAUGGGAACUUUGUUUGAAAAAUGGCUAUAUUUACAUGGGCGAACAUAAGGGUUGGUAUUCCAUUUCUGAUGAAACAUUCUAUCCUGAAUCCAAGGUUAUUAAAGACCCCAAAAAUGAUGGUAAGUAUCUGAAUACAGAAUCGAAAAACGAAGUAGUUUAUCAGUCAGAGACAAAUUACUUCUUUAGGCUAUCCUUAUUUAACAAGAAAAUAGUUGACCAUAUAAGAAAGAAUCCAGAUUUCAUUUUUCCUGCUUCUAAAAGAGACCAAAUUCUAAAAGAACUAGAAACCGGUGGGACAUUGCCAGAUUUAUCGAUAUCGAGACCCUCUGCGAGACUUAAAUGGGGUAUACCGACUCCUAAUGAUCCGUCCCAAAAAGUUUAUGUGUGGUUUGAUGCCUUGUGUAACUACCUCUCCUCCAUCGGUGGCAUACCGUCCAUCUUGAGUAAUGCUACUGAAGUAGUUUCAAGACAUUAUAGCGACAAAUCAAACGUAAAAGGCCAAUUGUUAAUACCAUACCCAAAAGAAGUGCAGCGAAACACCAUUCACGUGAUAGGAAAGGAUAUCGCGAAAUUCCAUACCGUAUAUUGGCCUUCUUUUUUACUGGCUGCUGGACUGCCUUUACCAAGACAAAUUGUUGUUCAUGGACACUGGCUCUGCAAUGGAAUGAAAAUGUCCAAAAGUUUGGGUAAUGUUGUAGAUCCGAUUGAUAUGGCACGUUAUUAUGGAGCCGAUAUUGUGCGUUGGUUCUUGUUAGAAAAUUCUAAACUGGAAGAGGACGGCGAUUUUCAAGAAGCCAAAUUAUACGAGACAAGAGAGCUUUUAGUAUCCAAAUGGGGCAAUCUGAUUAACAGAUGUUGUGGCUCGAAAUUCAAUAUUGAAAGAGCUGUUAUGAAAUUUAGCGACAAGGCAAAUUUUCAAUUUCAGGAGAUUUUCCAAAAUGAACCAAUAGUCUCCGAACGAAUUGAGAAUCUGGCUAAACUACUCAACAAAUCACAAGAGGUUUUUGACGAAAAAAUAGCCAUAUUCCAGUAUCCUCAACUGCUAAGGCAUGUUUGGAGUAUUAUCAACGAUGCAAAUACUUUGGUUCAAAAUAGUAAACCUUGGGAGAGGGAAUUAGAUCAACAAGACAAUAUAAUAUUUUUGGCUAUGGAAACGUCUAGAAUCCUCUCCAUUUUAUGCCAAUCCAUUAUACCAUCUCUCUCACAAAGUUUCCUAGAUCGUAUUGAUGUUUCAAAGGAGAAAAGGACUAUAAAUUAUGCUAGAUUGGGUUCCGAUAAAACAUAUGGAAAGCAAUCUAACAAGAAAGGCCGAGAAGUACCUUUGAAAAAAAUUCCAUUCAGGUUGCAAGAGGAACAAACGAAUAUGAGGUCAUGA